AUGGACGAACUCUUUUCCAGCCUUGCCAUGCAAACCGUCAAGCUGGUCGGCAAGGCAGCAUUCGGUGCUGCCAGUUCGAUCGCUAUGAAGCGCGUCACCGAAUACGUCAAGAGCCUGCCAGAGCUCUCCUCCAAGGGGCCAUCCGAGCUGGAUCAACUACGCUCCCGCUUUGCCUCCAAGCUGCGCAUUGUGACGCCAGCCAUCGACCUGAUCGAGAUCAUCGCAGCGCGCGGGCACUCGACGAUGACGAGCGUUUUGCAGCUGACGCAUGGGCUGCGGCGGGAUAUUGUGAAGUUUAGCGAAAAGCUAGAAAGGCUGGAAGCGGCAGGAGCAAAGCGGGCGGAGCUAAGCUUGCUGGCUAAGAUUGAGGAAGCUGUACCGCUGCUGAAUUUGGCGCUGACGACAUCAGGGAGCGCACUUGGGCGGAGCGAUGCCAGCAGGCGUGUCACCGGGGCGGCUGAUGCAGGCAUCAGUACUCCGUUUUCACUGAGGCUGUAUAGCCUGUUUGUGGGCUCUGUGAGACCAAAGACACGGAACGACUUCACGUGGAAGGAGGAAUACGCAAAGUGCCAGGCGGAGCUGUGGCGGGUGCCGGCCGAUGAUAAGGAGGCGGCUGAUGCACUGCAGUACGAGCUGCGGAUCAUUGAGGAUCUGAAUGACGGCAGGUACCACGAGGACGAGGAAGCCAGUGACAAGGUUACUCUGGCGGCGGGCAGCACGGUGAAGCCCGGGCGAGUCAUGCGCAUGCGACUGGACAGCAUUGCCAACAUGCACUAUACGUCGGCGGGCUCGCUGCUCAACAUCGAGGAGUCGAACUCGCCAGUGCUGGUGGUGCAUUUCCAGACCGGAGCAGGCAGAAAUUACGAUGGUGAGAGCGACGAAGGCGAAGAAGACGCACAGACCAUCCGAGAGUCGCAGGUUGACAAGUGGUACGCGCUGGAGGUGCUGGACGAGGCCGACGAUGCACCUGACGGCUCGGAGAGCGACAGCGACUCUGAGGACGACUCUGCCGAGCCCCUGCUGGAGUACAUGGUGCGCCUGGCAGCUGUCGAGAUGAGCGAGCAGAUGUCGCACCUCGAGGUACCCGACGAGAAGCUGAGGCUGUAUCUGACUGAUGCGCCUGUUGAGACCAACGUCGCCAUGCGCAUUCCUGGCGCUCAGUCGCUGGCGGCUACGCCGCAGAGGUCGCGCAGCUCGGUGCUGGCCAGCAAAGAGCAGUCGGCAGUCGGUAGCCCCCGCCGGCUGUGA